AUGUUACCACAAAAACGACCUUUACAUCCUCUUCAACAAGACUUGACCUCAUUCAACUUGGAACGUGUCAUACAACAGUAUGCAACACAACCUGACUUAUUAGAACUCAUCCUUUCCAGCAAGGUAGAAGAAGAUCGUCGACGUGCUGAAGAAGCCAAAUUGAAACGAAAAGAAAUUGAUUAUAUUUUACAACAACAACAAAAGUCAAAACAUAACGAUGAACCAGAAAAGGAAACUGAUAUUACUUUUGGUACUCGAACACAAAAACGACGAUUACCUUCUCCUCCUUCACCCUCUUUAUCUUCUACUACUUCUUCAACACCUCCUGCUACUCUUCAACCUUCUUUAUCUUCUGAUUGGUCACCACCACCCCAACAACGAUCAAAUCACUCGAUCGAGUGGCGUUCAUCUUCUAUUAUUUUACCACCUUUGACAUCAUCACCUACAUCUUCUUCUUCCUCCUCAUCAUCAUUUUCUCCGCAACUUGGCCCUGUUUCUCUUCCUCAUACUGAUAGUCUACUCAAACCUUCCAUUUAUCCUUCAGUAAAGAGCCCCAAAAGAUUAUCAGAUACAUCAUUCAACGCUAACCGAAAAAGUCUGACCAUAGAUCACGAGGAAAUGUCGUCGUUAGUCAGUCAUCAUCAUCAUCAAGAUCAAACUCCACCUUCUCCACCUAGUGAAAAGUAUAUUGAUUCAACUACAUCCUCCAAAUCUACAGGAACUCCCAUCAAGCGAAGAAGAAGAGAAAUGCAAGCCAUCACCACUAUUAUUGAAACCAAGGAAUUCCCUUACAAUGAUGAUUACUUGUGGCGCAACAAUGGUAAUACAAUUCACAAGAAAACUGGAAACAAAAGUAUUUAUUACAAAUGUGCCAAUAGUCAACAGGGUUGUCCUGUGAACAAGACAUGUACUUUACGCCAAGAUACUGGAGAAUAUCUUAUUAAAUAUAGAGGAACUCAUCUACCUGAAUGUAGUACGAUUAAACGGAUCAAUGAAGUCCAGUAA